UAUGGGCACAGAUUUGUAGUAUUUUGCCCCCAGUGUCAGGGUAGUGUGGUGGGCUGACUCUUGUAGACGAAGUAAAAGUUCAAACCCUGCUGCUGUUGCUUCUGCAGAUAUGAAUUUCAAAGUACGCGGUGCAGCAGCAGAAGACUGCAAAGACAUAUCGAGAAUGAUAAUGGAGUUGGCUGUUUAUGAAAAAAUGCCCGACCAAGUGAAGAUAUCCCAUGAAGAACUGGAACGUGACGGUUUCUGCCAGAAUCCCUUCUUUGAAUGUCUCGUGGCAGAAGUACCUGAGGAGCAUAAGUCUAAAGAAGGAUUCACAAUUGUGGGAUACGCCCUUUACUUUUACACUUACAGCACAUGGAAGGGGCGGACAGUAUAUUUGGAGGACUUGUAUGUGAUGCCAGAAUUCAGAGGAAAUGGCAUCGGCAAGGGUUUAUUGAGCACAGUUGCUAAGGUGGGGAAAGAGAAGCAGUGCGUGCGGCUGCAGUUGUCCGUGUUGAACUGGAAUACUCCCUCUCGAGACUUCUAUGCUGCUAAAGGAGCUCAAGACCUCACUGAGAGCGAAGGCUGGCACUUUAUACGUUUUGACGGACAAAACCUUGACAAUUUAGCAAAUGACGCUCCGAAAAAUUAGUUUGACAUGGAAAAGAUGUACCUUGUGAAAAAAUGUGGCUGGAUUGUUUUCCUUUUGUUUUCUGCCAUAAACAUUCAUCUUUUAUAAGACAAUGCCAAAAGAA